AUGGAUCCCAAACGACCGUCAGCCGAAUCUCGGGACGUGGAACAGUCUCCUCUCGAGAAGAGUCAUAUCAUUCACCAGGAGCAUUCCGGCAGCGUGUCACAGGAUGACGCCGAUUUUCUUGCAAACUUCAGUGAGGAGCGAAAGAAGAGAGUUGUCCGAAAAGUCGAUUGGCGCUUGCUGCCCAUGCUCGUCCUGCUUUACCUAAUGGCCUAUAUGGAUAAAACCAAUAUUGGCAAUGCAAAGAUCGAGGGCAUGACGAAAGACCUCGAGAUGCGCGGCGAAGAUUACAAUGUGGCUGUCGCUAUAUUCUUUAUCCCAUUCGUGCUGUGCGAGGUUCCGUCCAAUAUGAUUUUGCACAAAAUCAACAGGCCGUCCAUCUACAUGGGCGGCAUCGUCAUCGCCUGGGGCGUCAUCAUGACCUUGACAGGCAUUGUACAAAACUACGCCGGGCUGCUUGCUACUCGCUUUAUGCUGGGAAUAUUUGAGGCCGGCUUCCUCCCUGGCGCGGUCCUCAUCAUCUCCAACUGGUAUCUCCCCCAGGAAACCCAAGUCCGCAUCGCAAUCCUGUACACAUCAGCUGCAACUGGCGGUGCGUUUUCUGGCCUUCUUGCCUUCGCGAUUGGUAAAAUGGAUGGCAUCGCUGGCCUUGAUGGUUGGCGAUGGAUAUUUAUCCUCGAAGGUAUCUUCACAGUCACCGUGGGUGCGCUGUGUUUCUUGUUACUCUGCGACUCUCCUGCACUCUCUACGAGCUGGUUGGAUGCCGAGGAGAUCCGCUAUCUGGAACUGCGCCAGCUUGCCCGUCGAUCUAAUAGCCCGCGCGAAUUCAGAGACAACACCAAGAAGCAUUUCGACCUUGCCAUCUUCAAAGACAUCUUCUGCGACUACAAGCUCUACCUCCUUUCCUUGGCCAACUGGUCGAAUGCAGUACCAAACUACGCGAUGAAGUUCACGAUGCCUACGAUCCUUACCUCUAUGGGGUAUAAGUCGGCAAACGCACAGCUGCUCACGAUUCCUCCUUAUAUUCUUGGCGCCAUCUCGGCAUACGCGUUUGCCAUCUUUGCGGACAAAUAUUCCUGGAGAUAUCCAUUCCUUAUCGGUCCGCAAAUAUGCGUCGUUGUCGCCUUCUCUGUCCUGUUUGCAUUGUCUGGAAACAUUGAGGACAAUGUUGCCGCCUGCUACUUCGCUGUCUGUUUAGCAAUGCUUGGACUAUACCCCAUAUUGCCGGGAGUAAAUGCAUGGAACAUUGCCAAUACCCCUGAUCCUGCCAAGCGUUCUGUGAACAUUGGGCUUCUUGUGUGUAUCGGCAACAUUGGCGGGCUUGUUGGGUCCUAUAUCUACAUUGACCGAGAAGCGCCGCGGUACCCCACCGGAUAUGGGACAUCGCUGGCCUUUGCACUCGCUGGCAUUGUGGCGGCGACACUGCUGGAGUUUCUGCUUCGGCGAAGCAACGCAAAGAAGGCACAGAUGACGGAUGAGGAGGUCAGGGCGAGAUACACGGAUGAGGAUCUGGACCGCAUGGGCGAGAAGAGUCCUUUAUUCAAAUACACUCUGUAG